UUUUUUCCCCCCCGGACACUCGCCGCGGGUCGGGAAGGGAAGGAGGUGCCCGCAGUGUGUCGUGGCCAGCGUCAGGGCUUCCUGAGCGUUCGUAUCCCUCGCCCACCUCCUCCCCUCUUGUGAUUCCCACGAUGCCGAUGUACCAGGUGAAGCCCUACCACGAAGGCGGAGCAUCUCUCCCCGUCGAUCUCCCAACCUGUAUGUACCGGCUCCCCAAUCUGCACAGCAAGUCUGACAGUUCGGUGCCCAGCGCGGGCCACGUGCAGGCUGAGCCUCCCGCAUCACUUCAAGCACUAGAGGCCCGCCAGGAUGACAUCUUAAGGCGCCUGUCUGAGCUGAAAGCUACUGUGGAUGGUCUCUCCAAAAUGAUUCACACACCCGAUGCCGACCUGGACAUGAGCAGCAUCAUCCAAGCCGAGGAUCCCAUCCAAAGGUCCGCCAGUUCACUCGAAUUAAGCUCGGUUCUCGGAAAGGAUUAUGGAGCACUGAAAGACAUCGUGAUCAACGCCAACCCUGAGUCACCACCGCUGUCCCUGUUGGUGCUACACCAGCUGCUAUGCAAGCGCUUCCGGGUCUUGUCCACGGUGCACACGCAUUCGGCCGUGCGCAGCGUCCCCGCAAAGUUGCUGCACUGCUUUGGGGAGCAGCCCCAGCAGCAGCGCCAUGAGUACCAACUGGCCUUCACACUAAUCUGGAAGAAUGUGCCAAAGACGCAGAUGAAGUUCAGUGUCCAAACAAUGUGUCCCAUCGAAGGAGAGGGCAACAUCGCACGUUUCCUGUUCUCUCUGUUGGGCCCGCAGCAGAACGCCAUGACACUGACCCUUAUUGACAGCUGGGUUGACGUGGCCAUCUUCCAGCUGAAGGAGGGUGGCAGCAAGGAAAAGUCUGCGGUGCUCCGUUCCAUGAACUCCACGCUCAGCAAGAGCCCAUGGCUGGUGGGCAAUGAGCUGACGGUGGCUGAUGUGGUGCUGUGGUCAGUGCUCCAGCAGACGGGCAGCUGCAGCACUGCCCUGCCUGCCAAUGUGCAGAAGUGGGUGCGGGCCUGUGAGAAUCUGGCCCCCUUCAGCACUGCUCUCCGUCUGCUGAGCUGAAUUGCCAUGGCAGGCCCAGGGCUCAGGCCUAAGAAGGCUCUUCGUACCUGUCUGUUGUAGACAGAGGACUUGGGCCACCGUCAACCCCGUCUUGAUAUCUGCCAGUGGUCAAUAAAAGCAUCAUGUGAUGGUGA